AUGGCCAAAAAGCAGCGAUUAACAACUUCUCAACGUAAAGAUUUACGUAAAAAGGAAGAUGAAUACCUUGAAAACUUGAAUAAGAAAAUUGAAGAGUAUGAUCCCAAUACUUCCAAAACUAUACUUUUCAAAGAUUUACCUCUCAGUCCUCCUACAUUGAAGGGUUUGAACGGGGCUGCCUUUCUUAAGCUAACGGAUAUCCAACGAGAAUCUAUACCAAUUUCUCUUAAAGGGUAUGACGUUCUAGGUUCAGCAAAAACAGGUUCUGGUAAGACAUUAGCAUUUUUGAUUCCCAUACUUGAAAAAUUGUACCGUGAAAAAUGGACGGAAUUUGAUGGCUUAGGCGCUUUGGUUAUAUCCCCUACCAGAGAACUAGCAAUGCAAAUUUACGAAGUUUUACUUAAGAUUGGUACGUAUACUUCCUUAUCAGCUGGUCUAGUCAUUGGUGGUAAAGACGUUAAAUUCGAAUCAGAAAGACUUUCGAAAAUAAAUAUUCUGAUCGGAACACCAGGAAGAAUUCUGCAACAUUUAGAUCAAGCUAUAGCAUUAAAUACAUCAAAUUUACAAAUGUUAGUCUUAGAUGAGGCUGAUCGAUGCCUAGAUAUGGGGUUCAAAAAAACAUUGGAUGCAAUUGUUAGUAACUUGCCCGCUUCUAGACAAACUUUAUUAUUUUCAGCGACCCAAUCGCAAUCUCUCGGUGAUUUGGCUCGAUUAUCAUUAACGGAUUAUAAAACAGUCGGAACAAUGGAUCCGUCAAAGGAUAAGACCGAUGAAGGAGCAGCUACCCCCAAGACCUUGGAACAGUCAUAUGUGGAAACAGAGUUGGCUGAUAAGUUAGAUAUACUGUACAGUUUCAUUAAAUCCCAUUUGAAACAUAAAAUGAUUGUUUUCUUAUCUAGUUCUAAGCAAGUCCAUUUUGUAUACGAAACAUUUAGAAAAUUGCAACCUGGUAUCUCUUUGAUGCACCUCCAUGGGAGACAGAAACAAAAGGCUAGAACUGAGACUUUGGACAAGUUUAGUCGUGCUCAACAAGUAUGUUUGUUUGCGACAGACGUCGUUGCAAGAGGUAUUGAUUUUCCAUCAGUUGAUUGGGUCAUCCAGGUGGAUUGCCCUGAAGAUGCAGAUACAUACAUCCAUAGAGUAGGAAGGGCAGCUCGUUACGGUAAAAAAGGGAAGUCUCUUAUAAUGUUGACGCCCCAGGAAUGUGAACCAUUUUUGAAAAGACUAGCGUCAAAGAAAAUAAAAUUAGGGAAGCUGACAAUUAAGCAAGCUAAGAAGAAAUCAAUCAAACCACAAUUGCAAUCCCUAUUAUUUAAAGAUCCAGAAUUGAAAUAUUUAGGCCAAAAAGCUUUUAUCUCCUACGUGAGAUCAAUAUAUAUCCAAAAAGACAAAGAAGUUUUUAAUUUUGAGUCAUUAGCCACUGAAGCAUUCGCAAACUCAUUGGGUCUCCCAGGUGCACCAAAGAUCAAGAUUAAAGGUAUGAAGGCAAUUGAUCGUGCUAAAGAACUGAAAAAUACCCCAAGACAGCUACUUGCUUUGCAACAAGCAAACGACGAAGGUGAAAUAGUUAAAGAUAAAACCAAGGCAGUACGAACCAAAUACGAUAAGAUGUUCGAACGUAAAAAUCAAACGAUCUUAAGUGAGCAUUAUUUGAAUAUUACGCAAUCGCAAGCUGCAGCCGAUGAAGAUGAGGAUUUCAUGACAGUCAAACGUCAAGAUCAUCAACUUAACGAAGAAGAGUUGCCUGCUUUAACAGUUCCGACAUCAAAUAGAGGGCAAAAGAAGGCACUAUCGAAAAAAGCUUCUUUAUCAACAAAAGGGAAUGCAACAAAACUUGUCUUUGACGAUGAUGGAGAAGCUCAUCCAGUUUAUGAAUUAGAAGGAGAAGAAGAUUUCCAAAAGAAGGGCUCUGCAGAGGCCCAGAAAAAGGAUUUCUUAAGCAAGGAAUCUGAUGUAAUGGCUGAAGUAGAUACAGGGGAUAAACAAGUAGCAAAGGAGAAGCGUCAAGAAAAGAAAAGAAAGAGAUUGGAACUUAUGCGAAGGGAAAUGGAAAUGUCUCUUGAAGAAGAAGAAGCUAGUAGUGGUGAAGAUGUAGCUAAUGCAUAUGUUGGUACAGGGAACUUAAGUGACGAUAUGGAGGAUGAAGAAGAAGGAAAUAAUACAAGGAAAAGGGCCAGGUUCUCGACCGCGACAGAAGAGACAACCCAUGAAAGUGAUGCCGGUAUACUUGAACUUGAAGAACCAGAGACUCUUGAAGAUCUAGAAUCCUUGACUUCGAGAUUAAUUCAAAACUAG